CUGUCAAGACGCAAGGCCAGCUCUGGUCAUUGUGUACCGUCACCCAGGCUCAUCAUCCACGCUCGUCAGCCCAUCACCGUCUCUAUGAGGUCGACCGGCACACAUGGACCAGAUGUCGUUGCGACAACCGCCGAGACGGAUCCUGUAUGCCAUCGGCACCGCAUUCCUUGUCGUCAUCCUGCUCGUCCAGCUCCGCCGUUCCGACAGCCCGCGGCUAGGGAGCCAACGAUGGGGCUCCGCAAGGGGGACCCUCAUGGGCGACAUCCAGAAUACCACCCUGGGCUUUGAGAAGAUCUUUGUGGUCGGCCUGCCCUCGCGCACGGACCGCCGCGAUGGCAUGGUGCUGCAAGCCGCCCUGAGCAACAUGUCGAUCGAGUUCAUCGACGGCGUCGUCGGCAGCGAGGUGCCCGACAAGGCGAUCCCAAAGGCCAAGGGCCGCGAGCGCCUCAAAGACGCCUCGAUCGGCUCAUGGCGCGCCCACAUGAACGCCAUCCGAGAGGUCGUCCACCGCAACCUCUCCUCAGCCCUCAUCCUCGAGGACGACACGGACUGGGACGUGCGCAUCCGCGAGCAGCUGUACGACUUCGCGCUGGCCUCGCACGCGCUGACCCAGCCCUUACGGGGGAGCCCCCCGUCCAAGCGCUACCACGACCCAACCUACCCGCACCCACAGCCCGAGUCCCCCGGCAAGCUCCCUGACCUGCCCUUCACCUCCCUUCCUCCCACCAUCCCCCCCUCCCACUCCCCCUACGGCGACGAGUGGGACGUCCUCUGGAUCGGCCACUGCGGCAUGCACUUCCCCUUCGAGAACUCGCCCCACGUGCCCAAGGCGCGCGUCAUCCGCGAGGGGGACGAGACCGUCGCGCCCAAGAAGAACCUCUGGACCUACAACAUCCCCUUCACCCUGAAAGAGACCUACCCGGCCCACACGCGCGCCUACCACCACGUGCAGGAAGGGGUGUGCUCGCUCGGCUACGCGGUCACGCAGCGCGGCGCCCAGAAGCUGCUGUACGAGGUCGGGCUGAAGGACGUGAGCGAGGCGUUUGACCUACUGCUGCGGUAUUAUUGCGAGGGCGAGAAGGGCCGCGCGCCGGGUAGGCAGUGUCUGACGACGCAACCGGGCCUGUUCCAGCAUCAUCGGACGGCGGGGCCGAUGAAUGCCAUGAGCGAUAUCGGGGAUCAUGGGGAUGAGUGGCGGGAGACGCCCAUGACGGAUAUGAUAAGGUGGAGUGUGCGGUUGAAUGCUGAUGCGUUGUUGGAGGGGAGGAGGCAGUUUGUGGAUCAGUGGCCGGAUCCGGAACCUGGGGAAGAGGAGGAGUGAGUGAGUGAGUGAGUGAGUGAGGGUAGGAUAGGAUAGGAUAGGAUAGGAUAGGAUAGGAUAGGAUAGGAUAGGAUAGGAUAGGAUAGGAUA